AUGAAGUUAAUCUGGAGCCUCCUACCCUUGCUGGCAGCUGUAUCAGCACAGAGCACAUCCCACAAAUUCGACCACGACGCACACGACUACUACGCUGUGCACCUAUCACCCAGCAUACACCCGGAGACAGUCGCGAAUCAGCUGGGGCUGCUGUACCAUGGACCCUUUGAGGAGCUGAAGGAUCACCAUAUAUUCAAGGCGUUGGACAAGCACGAGCAUGACCUUAUCAAGACACAGAAGAGCGACUUGAAGCGAAGGCGGCGGAAGCGAGAAGCUGGCGCCGAGCUCCCGCACGUGCUGGACAACGUGCUGCUUUCGAACAAGCAAAACCUCAGUAAACGAUUUCCGCUGGAGAAGCGCAUCAUACCGGCAGAAAGGCAGUAUACGUCAUGCAAGGAGGCGCUAAAAGAGAAGCGACAAAACAACCAGUUCGGCCAGCAGGCAGCCGACCCGGAUGAAGUGCAGAGAGGCUUUGAUAUCGCGGAGAAUCUGCAUAUAUCGGACCCUAUAUUUCAAGAGCAAUGGCAUCUGCAUAAUACCAUUGAGGUCGGACAUGAUAUCAAUGUGACUGGCGUGUGGGCGCAAGGUAUCACUGGCAAGAAUAAGACUGUCUGUAUUGUGGACGACGGCUUGGACAUGGAUAGUGAUGAUCUCAAGGAUAAUUACUUCGCCGAGGGCAGCUGGGACUUUAACGACCAGGGUCCGGAUCCGAAACCACGUCUGUCAGACGACAAGCAUGGCACCCGUUGUGCUGGCGAGAUCUCCGCUGUAAGGAACGAUAUCUGUGGUGUCGGGGUCGCAUACGACGGCAAAGUCUCUGGCUGCCGAAUCCUGAGUAAGGUCAUCUCAGAUGCUGAGGAGGCCAAGGCCAUGAACUACAAGAUGCAGGACAACCACAUUUAUUCCUGUUCAUGGGGACCACCUGACAAUGGAAAGGCCAUGGAGGAGCCUGGUAUCCUCAUCCGACGUGCGAUGCUGAACGGUAUUCAGAACGGUCGAAGUGGUCUGGGAAGCAUCUUCGUGUUCGCGAUCGGCAAUGGCGCGGCCAAUGACGACAACUGCAAUUUCGAUGGCUACACGAACAGUAUCUACUCUGUUAGUGUUGGUGGUAUCGAUCGCAAAGGCCUUCACCCCUACUACAGUGAGAAAUGCUCGGCGCAAUUGGUGGUCACCUACUCUAGUGGUUCCGGCGAUGCCAUCCACACGACCGAUGUCGGCAAAGAUCUAUGCUAUGUCAACCACGGAGGCACGUCUGCUGCCGGACCACUCGUUGCUGGAAUUUACUCUUUGAUGCUGGAGGUCAAUGACAAACUCACGUGGAGAGACAUUCAGUGGAUCACAGUCAUCACUGCUGUCGAGAUCGACCAGCCAGCCGAAUAUCAAAUGAACCAAGCCAUGAAGAAGAACUUCAGCCACCAGUUUGGCUAUGGCAAGGCCGACGCAUACGCCAUGGUGGAAGCGGCGAAGACGUGGAAGUCUGUCAAGCCACAAGCCUGGUUCUUCAGCCCGUGGCUACACGUCAAGCACCCCGUGCCACAGGGUGAGCACGGUCUAGCAUCGAGCUUUGAAGUGACCGCAGACAUGCUGAAGAAAGCCAACUUGGAGCGUGUAGAGCACGUGACUGUUACGAUGAACGUUGAGCACACUCGUCGUGGUGACCUAUCGGUGGAGCUCAGAAGUCCCACCGGCAUGGUCAGCCACAUCGCCACGAGUCGUCGCUCGGAUGAUGCCAACUCUGGCUAUGUCGACUGGACCUUCAUGAGUGUUGCUCACUGGGGAGAAUCCGGUGUCGGCAAAUGGACCGUCAUUGUCAAGGACACGAAGGUGAACGAGCAUAGCGGUACCUUCACUGACUGGCACCUCAAGCUAUUUGGCGAGGCGAUUGACGGAGAGAAGCAAGAGCUUCUACCACUACCAGAUGAAGACGACGAUAAUGACCAUGAUGUAUACGAAACUCAAACGGCUACUGCUCACACGACUACAAUCGCUGUGCCCACCGAGACUGGCGAGCCUGUGGGCAACCCUACUGAUCACCCCGAACGGCCGACGAAGCCUAAGCCGAAUUCGACCACUGCUACGCCGACACCCACUCCUGAUGUCACCGACGACAAGGAGGAAGUCGCCAAGCCAACUUCGACCUCCGACAGCAACCUUCUACCCCAUAUAUUCCCAACAUUUGGCGUCAGCAAACGGACCCAAGUCUGGAUCUACGGCGCCACCACGCUCAUCCUGGUCUUCCUCGUCGCGCUUUGCGGAUGGGCAAUCUACUACCGGCGCAAGAAGCGCGUCGCACGCGAUGACUUUGCCUUCGAGAUGGUCAACCAAGAGGACGCCAACGAAGAUAGCGCAGGUCUGCUCAAUGGCCACUCUGGUGGAAGGAAGAAGAGGGCAGGCGAACUGUAUGAUGCGACUGCUGGCUAUUCCGACGAGGCGGGCGCUUCCGAGCUGGGCAGUGACGGUGGUGCCAGGGAUCAGAGGUAUAGGGAUGACGAACCUACACGGGAGGGGACGGAUGUGAGGUAG